CUCAGCUGCGUGCUCAAGGAUGCUGCAUCUGAAAGUCCAGUUCUUAGAUGACUCCCAGAAGAUCUUUGUAGUGGAUGGAGCUGGAUGCAGGCUCCGUGCCUGGCUGAGUGGGGUUAUCUUUAUUCUGGAGUGAAGUUUCUUUCUGAAGAUGGCAACUCCAGUCCCCUCCUGGAGCAAAAGUCCUCUGGCAAAGGGUUGUUCAACCUGAGUUGCAGCCACCUGCGCCUGGCGGAGAAGGAAUACUUCGGACUGGAAUUCCAAAGCCAGGCCGGAAACAAUGUUUGGCUGGAGCUUCUAAAACCCAUAACAAAACAGAUGAAAAAUCCUAAGGAGGUUCUUUUCAAAUUUAUGGUGAAAUUUUUCCCAGUGGACCCUGGACAUCUGAGAGAAGAGUUGACAAGGUAUCUCUUUACCCUUCAAAUCAAGAGGGACCUGGCAGGUGGGAGGCUCCCCUGCAGUGAGAACAGCGCCGCUUUGCUGGUGUCGCACCUCUUGCAGUCUGAGCUGGGGGACUUUUACGAAGAAACAGAUAAGAAGCACCUGGAGAGCCACCAGUAUUUACCCAACCAGGAAUAUUUAGAUGAUAAGAUCAUGCAUUAUCACCAGAAGCACGUUGGGAAGACGCCAGCUGAGUCGGACGUUCACCUGUUGGACGUAGCCAGGAAGUUAGAAAUGUAUGGGAUUAGACCCCACCCCGCAAGUGAUGGGGAAGGGACGCAGAUCAAUCUGGCUGUCACGCACAUGGGAGUGCUGGUUUUACGGGGGAACACAAAGAUUAACACAUUCAACUGGGCCAAAAUUCGGAAACUGAGUUUUAAGAGGAAACAUUUUCUAAUCAAACUACAUGCAAAUAUCUCUGCUUUGUGCAAGGACACCUUAGAGUUUACCAUGGCAAGCAGAGAUGCGUGCAAAGCGUUUUGGAAGACGUGUGUGGAGUAUCAUGCUUUUUUUCGACUUUCUGAAGAACCACAAUCCAAACCCAAAGCCCUCCUGUGCAGCAAAGGUUCAAGUUUCCGCUAUAGCGGCAGAACCCAACGGCAGCUGCUGGAGCACGGGCGCAAGGGGAAGGGGACGAGCGCGCCGUUUGAGAGGAAACACUAUCCGGCUCGGUACCAUGAAAGGCAGUGCCGCUCGUCCCCAGACCUCCUCACAGAUGUGUCCAAACAGGUUGAAGACCUGCGCCUGGCCUACGGCAGCAGAGCCUGUUACAGGCACACAAACGGAGUCCAUGUGUCGGAUCCCAUGCUGGACAGCAGGAGGCGGAAUUCCUCCAUGGAGGUGACGUUCGCAGCAGAGCUGGAGCGCUCCAAGCCUGAAGCUGACUCCAAGCUCCUGCCCCAUUCCAAAAGCAGCUCAGGCUUCCCGUUGGCCUACGCCGAGCUGGAGCUGGAGUGGGAGCCGGCUGAUGGCUUCGGGCAGCGCCGCCCGCUGACCUCCUUCCAGCCCAGCCACACGCUCGCUGGAAACAGUAAAAGCACCUCAGCUGGCAACAUGCGGGAGGUCACCUCCAGGCAGCUGAGCUACACAGAUGUGCCCUACAUCCCUUCUGUCAGCCAGCCGCUGGAGACGACAUCUCCACAAGUGUUCUUCUACGUGGACAGGCCUCCCCCAGGACCACGCCUCACGCCAGCCGCCGCCGAGGAAGCAGGGAGGGGGCUGAGUGGCCCUAGCCCCAUGGCAAUGAAACCUCCCAAGAGAUGGCCAGGCCCGGCCCGGAUGAAGGAGCUGCAGCCUGAGGCCUUGCCUAGGACUUGCUGUGUCAGCAGACACCUAGAAGAGGAGAGCAGAGCCCUGGCUGGGGAGUUUGACUACAGCAAUCAAGAGCAACUGCCUAGAAGAUCCUGGAGCCAGUCCGAUAUGAAAACCAUCCAUUUCCCAUAUGGAUCGGAGUUCAGGCCGCUGGGCCCUUGCCCUGCUCUGAGCAGUAGAAAAGCGAGUAUUUUAAGGUCCGUGCUCGCCCAGCAAGGGCUGUCCAACCCCCCUGCAGCUCCACGCCCGGCUGAACGCGGCGUGGCCAGCGGGACCGAGUCCAGCGACUCAGACCCGGAUCUCCUCCACGUCGAUUACUACUCUCUGUAUGGCCGGGUAGGAAAGUCGCCCCUGGCCCGGGUGCGUCUGUCCUCAGGCAGCCUCCAGCUGGAGGAGGAGGAUGAAGAGGUGUCGUUUGCGACAAGCAGCGCAGAAGCAAGAACUUCAAUGGGCAUGUCCAGUUAUUUCACGUAACCGUCUCCAAUCGGCUUGAGAGCACAGAGAUUUCCAAAGCCAGCUUGAAGGAACAGGAAAGUCAUUUCUGUGUGGUGCUGCUCCCUCCUCCUUGCUAAGCAUUGUGACGGGUUCGUGUUGCGUGAGUACAAUCAGCUGCAGAGACUGUGUUAAUGGACGACAGGGGAGCUCUAGGACAUAAAGAUCUAGGCAACAGGCAAGAAAAAAGUAGCCAACAGCGGGCACCCCAGCAAAAUCUCCUACAUCGAGGUUCUCAACGAGCAGGGGUCAGCUCGUCACGUCCACUGGGCUCACCCAAACUGCGAAAUGGCAAGCAAGCACCGGUCAGUUCAUGGCUACUGGGGAACAAGGGUCCCGAUGCAUGGAAGGUGGAGAACCACUGUCCGACAGCACGCCCACAGAAAUGUCACCUCCAUGCGCCUCCGCCAGGGGAAUAGAGUAAAUGAAAACUGCUAAAAUGUCUGUUUCUAAGGGAGAGAGAGCGAGACGUCAAGCUGGCCCGAAUAUCAUUGGGAGCCUGUUUGGGGAGACCGGGACAGCAUGCGGCCAUACAAGCACUGCCUGGUGGGGCCCAAACCUGGGAGGAGACAAACACUGAGCUCCCAGAGACACAGGCUUCUCGACCCCUCAAUUCAAGAGACCUGGCAGAAGCACUGAGGUGCGGUGCUAGAACACUUCAGGCUGGCUGAACUGUCCCACCCGCCAGUAGUGAAUGGAGCAGCAGAUGCACAAACACGGCGCUCACCUGGAAUAACCUGUAAUGAGUGAGUGCUGUGCAGCGAGACAGGCUCCCAGUGGCACUCCCAACUUGCAAAGUAAGACACUGUGGUUACUAGGGAAAGGCAAAAAAAAGGAACA